UGUAAGAAAUGUAGUUCCUACUCGUAAUAAGAAUGAUCUGCAGUUAACAGAGGCCUCUGUUUCAUUUAGGCCCGGUAAUACAUGUUAUAGCGAUGAAGAAUUGGUAGAAGACCUGAGUCCAAUUGGCCUAGGCCUACCAAUCAUUUCCAAUGAGAUGGUAGAUAAACAACAUGAGUUUGUAGAACCUGUAGCCUGCUGUAGCAAAGAUACAGAUAAUAAUUUUGAUAACAUAUUUAAUGAAGGUAUUCUAAACAUAGAAAAUGAGACACCAGGUUCUGACGAUAAUAACAAAGAGUCUAAUGAAACUUUGGAAGCUAAUCAAACUUUGGAAGUUAAUGAAACAGGUAGGCCUACUGACAAUUGUACCGAGGCUAAUGAAACUAUCGAAACUAACAAUAGUAGGUGUAAUGAAACUAGUGCAACUAAUAACAAAUCCGGAAAAGGCAAUUUGAAAAAAAACGCAACCUCUGGAAAAGGCAGGCGUGAAGCUAAGAAGACAACAACCAAACCUAAAGUGACUAAACCUAAUAAGACUAAAGCAAACCAAAAGUCUAAAGGUGGCAAACCACACAAAAAUGAAGACUCCAAUGCGAAGAAAAAGAAAGACGCCCCGGAUUAUAAAUGGAAAAAGAAGGACAUGCCUACAACUAUUCCACACUAUGACGAAAGUGAAGGUCUAAUGGAAGGACACUUCGAACAAUGCAAAACGCCUACUGAUGUGUUUCGUGAGUUUGUUGACCAGGAAUUGUUCUAGAUUGUAGAAGAAUAGUGGCAAAUGGACUGAUUUCUAUGCAAAAUCCGAAGCAGAGAAAGAGGUCUUUUGAUCUGAACUCAUCAAGUGCCACACCAAGCCCUAUUUUGAAGAAGAGGAAAUCAAGAGAUUAUUCAGUGCCUAGUGAUGUAAGGUUAACCAACAAAGGGAUCCACUGGGUGACAUUUGACACAAGGAGGGGAAGAUGUGAGGUCUGCGCUAAACAGCAAGUUCAAUCUCGCCCUUACAGCAAGUGCAGCCACUGCAAAGCGUUUCUUUGUGUGAACGAAAAAAAGAACUGUUUUGCUAAGUUCCACGAAGUAUUGCUAGAAUAACAUAACCAGGGAAAGACUCUACCAAUGAUAAAUUUAAUUUAAUCUCACUUUUAGAAUUUGGUUUACUUUCGCUUUGUGAGACAUUCAAGAUUUUUUUAUGAUCUGUAAUUAAAUAUUAUCUUGGUAAAGUGUUCUUAUUUUAU